AUGGCCGCGUCAACCUCCAGCCGUGUCCUUGCGAUGGGCUCGGCGUGCUGCGCGCUGUGCGGCAACUGGAUGCCGCAGCAGCAGCAGCAGCAACAACACCAGCAGCACGGUAACCAUCGCCACCACUACACCACAACAUGGUGCCAGCGCUGCAACACUCUGCAGUCGCCAGCGCAUGAAGCGUACCCACGUGAAGCGUGCAGUAACACCGCAGCAGCGCUCCUCUUCACGCCAGCGGAAAUUCGCGCCGCGCAGGUUGAGGUGCAGGCGCGGGCGGCAGAGGCAACCACCACUGCCACGGUCGGUACCACGCACGUUGACAACCGAGUCCUGGAGGAGGCCUUCUGCGAGUCGUGUGGUGUGCACAGACACUGCAAGGUCUUUGCGCGACAGACACGAAGUGCCGACGAGGGACAGACAAUAUUUUACCAGUGUACAAAGUGCCGUGCGGAGUGGCAACUCAACUCUUAA